ACCACUGGAGUGCAAUGAUAAAAGUGCGUUGUGAAAUAGCUUUUGUUCAUGUGACAUAUGACAUGUUCCCUGAUGCACAAUCUAUAUUUUGCACUCAUCCUGUAUUGAGACUGACUCAAUUGUGGAUGAUCGAGCCACUCAGUACUUGAGCAACAUUUUCAACUAUAAAACAUCGAAAAGAAACGGAAAAUUAGCUCAGCUGCCUCUUUCGGACCAGUUUCGGACCAAACAACAUCGUCGGCAACAGUAGGUGGAAGGGAGGACUGGUGUCCCUGACAAGCUCAAGUAAAGAUGGGCAAGAUCAAGUCCUGUGCUAUUUCACUUCAUGGUCAGAAGGAAGUUUACCGUGAGGGAGAGCUGGUCAGCGGGGUGGUUGUACUCGAUGUCCUCGAGCCCGUGACAGCCAAAAGUAUUCGCAUUUACUGCUAUGGCCAGAGUCUGACAAAGUGGUCCAGAGAAUUUACACGAGACUGGAACUCGAACAACAUAGGCAGCGAAAAGUACUUUGGUCACGUGGUCACACUAGCUGCGAAUAAAGGAAAAGAAGAAACAGUACAACUGACCGUCGGGGUGCACCGUUGGAAGUUUUCUUUUCGUUUGCCUGGCAAGUAACCUGCCCUCGUCAUUUGAGGGCGAGUAUGGGGCAGUGCGCUGGUGGUUAAAGGUUGAGGUGGACAAGCCAUUCCCAUUUCUCAACAACACGUGGUACAAGGCGUUCACAGUCCUCAGUAAACUCAACCUCAACGAAGCAGUCUAUCAGGCUCCUAUGAAACAAAGUAAAGAAAAAUUGAUCUCUAAGAAUCUUGGCAUAGGAAAUGCUGGCAGCUCAGUCUUACAGCAAAGACUGACAAAUUUGGGUACUGUCCAGGGGAGGCCAUUAGUCUUUUCAUUGAGGCCAAAAAUAACAGUACUAAAGACCUGGGGAAAAUCAGCAUUAUCCUCGUUCAGCAGACUACUUUCAAAGCCAAUGAUGAACAAAAAACAACCAGCAUUGGACUUGUACCCAUGGAAACAGAAGUGACAGUUGGAAAGGGGCAGACAAUCACACUAGAUGCUCUGCAAAUCAAAAUUCCUGCUGUUCCUCCUUCUACUCGCAAAAACACUUGUCACAUCAUCUGUGUUACAUACAUGAUCAAGGUGACAGUGCAAAUACCCUGGGGCUUCAACCUGGAUGUGGGGCUUCCCAUUGCCAUUGGUACUAUACCAAGAAGAAAGUCGACGCAGGCCCCUCAACAGAGUAGUGCCUUCGAACUGGAUGCGCGAGACACCAUAACAUACACGCGAUGUGAAUUUGGAAUAACUCCUUGCACAAAAAGUCACGAGAACUUUGUCAACUUCCCAUAUACACCCAUGUGUGCCUACGUCCCAGAGGGCUCCCUAGGUCUUCCAACACUCCCACAAGCAGCAGCAGCAGCAGCAGCAGCUCCAAGCACCAAGCCACAGAAACAGCAGCAAGCAGCAAAGGAAAGCAAGAGAGACGGGCAGAUUCAUGUGUCAGGUGGAGCCAUGGCACCUGCACACCCGCUUAACCCAUCUUUGCCAUUGGCUUCUCCUCCUACUUACGAGGAUGUGCUGAAGAUGGACCAAGAAGGACAAGCUCGGACCCCUCAAGCUGCUAGCCCUAUGAAGGCCAGCCCUGUUCUCCCAGAGCCAGCUAUGGACCCUUGUGCAUUUCUUUUGAUGCGUUUUCCUGACCUGCUGUUGGCAGACUUCCGCAACUUAUUGCAGCAAGAACAUGACUGCCUGGAAGAAUAUAAUGCAUCUGUUGUCGCCAUAGCACCACAGGUCAUCACACAGCAUGCAUCUUCAAGCAGGGUAUGGCCUGAAAGGACAGCAGUAGCUGUUCUUAUAUUCCCUGCAAUGACUACAGCUGAGGAAUGGUUUAGCAGUUUAGCUAGCAGAAACCUUACCUGGCUCAACAACUGUGACACAGUUCUUUCCCCUGGAAAGUGGCAUUACCCUACAGAGGAUCGUUUGUCUUUCUCACUCACUAUUCUCCAGAGAAAAGACAACAUUGCAGAAGAAGAAGUGAAGACAUAUUUAAAGAACAAUGCAUCACCAUACGCUGAAUUUAGAAAAAAAUGUAGAGGUAUACUGCCAUUUUCAAGUUCCAAAGAUUUAAAAACAUUAUCUGGCACAUGGUUAACACCUGGAGUUGAUACUUUAGUAUUGGGCGCAUGGCCGAGCCUGUCCAGUUAUUUCACCUACAAAGAGAUGAGCUCCUCUUAUGCAAGUGAACACCCCAGCCCCUAUGACAAUCUUGCAGUCAUCUUUGUAUCAGAAAAUACUGCAUGGUUCAAUGCCAAAGCUGCUAGCGCAGCACAAGAUGUCUGCAAUGGUGCUUCAUCACAUGAUGACAACAGCAAUGAUGCUGAUGCUGAGAAAGAGGAAAAAGCUGAGGAUGUACUUUCGGAGUCAGAGAAGUUUAGAGGGCUGGCUGCCUGGCCAUGAUAUACCCGUAGUUGCUGGCUGGGUAUAAACCACCAUCUCCCUUAACCCCUCGCUGUACUCAGAAACUGAAUGGCACGAUCCUGAGAUCCACGAUGCCAGCGUUUCAAUCAGCAAACUUAAAAAAAUAACUGCACGAAACUGAUUUGCAAGAGGGUGCUGUCGGUAUUUUGUCUAGAUUCUUCUUUGCUAGAAGGAUUCGCAACAUAUUUUUUCAAAGAAAAAGAAAACUUUUAUUACUUAUAAUAUUGUAUACCGAAUCGUUAGGGCGGUGUUUUAAUAACUGUAGUGAAAUUUCUGUUGAAAAGAAUUAUUUUAACGAUUAUGAAAUUGUUGGCGUUCAUUUCAUCGUUGUUUGUUUUACCUUUAAAAACUAUUGUCUGGGCGUAUGUUUGAGGGGAGGAAAUAAUUUUGUUCUGCUAGUCGCUCGCUUUGAGUGUUUGUGCUUUGCAUAUAUGUGUGACUGAUAAUUAUCUUUUGUGGAGAUUCUGCUUUAAUGCUUCAUUCGCCUCCAUCCCAUGUAAAUAAAAGUGUGUGGGUGAGUG